CCCUUGCGGAAGGAAGCGCUCUGGACUCGGCGGAGUUAAGUUGACCUUAUGCACCAGCUGCAAGCCGCAGGCCGGGCUGUGCGCGCUAUGGCUGAGUGGGCAAAGCAGCUUGCAGGCAUUAAGGGAGUGAUGCUCGAUAUCAGUGGGGUCUUGUAUGACAGUGGAGGAGAAGGAGGCGGAGUUCCUAUCCCCGGAUCUAUAGAAGCUGUGGAAAAGAUCAAAGCGUCUGGCCUGAAGUUGCGGUUCUGCACCAAUGAAACCCAGGCCACUCGAGGCAAGUUUGUGGCGAAGCUCCAGCGCUUGGGGUUCAACAUUUUGGUGAAUGAAGUCACUGCCCCGGCACCGGCAGCCUGUCGCAUUCUGAAGGAGCGAAACCUGAGGCCACACCUCCUCGUACAUGAUGAUCUGGUCCCCGAAUUUGAUCAGCUUGAUAAAGCAAACCCAAACUGUGUGGUAAUUGGAGAUGCAGCAGACAAUUUCUCCUACAAAAAUCUCAAUGAAGCGUUCAGAGUUCUGAUUGGACUGGAGAAUCCUAUUCUCAUAUCUCUGGGAAGAGGGCGCUAUUAUAAAGAAACCGAUGGUCUGAAACUUGAUGUUGGAGUGUAUAUGAAGGCAUUAGAGUAUGCUUGUGAUGUUCAAGCCGAGGUGGUGGGAAAGCCGGCAAAAAUGUUUUUCCAAUCAGCCUUGGCAGAAAUGGAAGUUGAGCCACAGCAGGCCAUCAUGAUUGGAGAUGAUAUUGUGAAUGAUGUAGGAGGUGCCCAGCAGUGCGGUAUGAGAGCUCUACAAGUACGGACAGGGAAGUACAGGUCCACCUGUGUAUCUGGGCUAGGCUACCUUUCCCUCUCUGGAUGAUCCAAGGAGUCUGUUACAUAUCCAAAAGUACACUCGACUUGGAAAUGCUGAUGCAGUAAAAUGGGUGAUUGUUAGUGGAGGGAUCUUGAGAAUGUUCUUUCUUCCAGAGAUAAGUAAGCAGGAUGGACAAAUGAGCUAGGACCCCUAUGAAGUUAGUUUUCAAGGGAGCAUGUCCCUCAGUCUCCACUUGGUUUGGAUUAGCAAAGACACAGACACAGACCUUUGAAGCUAAAAUAGUACGUGUUCUUCCAAUUCUUAUGACAGUUUGUGAGAAAUGAGUAAUUUUAAGGUAUCUGUAGCUAGAAGAAGGUACAGUGUAUUUUUAUACUCACAUUUUUAAACGUUAGUAAAUAAAAUCUCAAAAUCAAUUAUCUAGCCAUUUCAAUAAAUCUCUGUAUUAAA